UAGUUUUUUUUUUACCCCACGAACAUUGUCUGAGCUGAAGAAUGACCUGUUAAUGAACCAUCUCCUCUAACCAUAGAGUGCAGCAACCCAAAACAACAAGCUGACACCAUCACAUUUUAAAACAUAGCUGGCUUGAGACCUGAGAAACGCCUGAGAAAUAAUUUCACCUCUCAGGCUCGGAGCAGGGGGAACAGCAGCAGCAUGGAAAAUCUGUCUCGACUGGUUCUGCUUCUUCUGUUUGCUGGCCAAACACCAGCCCUGACAGCGACCCCGGAGGGACUGGGGGUGAGACAGAAUCCUCCCUCUCUCAGUGUGAUGCGCGGUGAAACGGCAAAACUGUUCUGUCAUUUCAAAGUUGAAUCCCUCAAGUAUGGGGUUCAGUGGUUCAAAAUGAAGCCGGGGAAGCAGCUCAUCGCAAAGUCAUCCAGGCACAUCGUGGUGGAGGAGGAUCAAACCUCCUCCCUGGAGAUCUCUGAGGUAGCACCGGAGGAUUCUGGGUGGUAUUACUGCGAGGUGAACGUUCUGCAGAAGGACCCAGCGAUGGGCAACGGCACCAGGCUGCUCGUCUUGGGACCACCUUCUGCUCCCAAAAUUUACCUCCAGGUCCCGCCAGACCCUCUGACUGGUAAGUGGGCUCUCGUCUGUCUCACUGGGGGAUUCCACCCCAGCGUGCUCACCCUCACCUGGACCUACCAGAGCACAGCAGCCACUAUCGAUCACCUGUCAGUCACCAACUGCACCCUCCCUGCCACGAGCGCUCAGAGAAACAUUUCUGAAGGAGCCCUGCUGUCUGUGUGGUUGGUGAACUCCAUGCCUCCGAGCCAGCCAAAAUGUUUCCAAGUGAUGGACAACCACAGCCAGGAAGUUUUCCUCUUCAGUGUGUUUUUCCUCCCAAUGAAACACUCUUUGGCCACAGGCAUCACCUUCACGUGUGGGGUGCACGACCAUCCUGCUCUGAGCACGGCUCUGACUGCCUCCUUCACUUGGGACGCUUCCCCGAACGAACUGAUUUUACACUUGAAUAUUCUCAAGAUGUGCUUCCUCUCAGCGGUGACAGUUGUGUUUGUAAUGGAAGGAGUCAAACAUUGCUGCCUGCAGGGAAAAUAAUGUCAAUGCCAUGAACUACAGAAUGAAAAAGCAGACAAACAAAAAGAAGGACGGGUGGGUGUUCAGUGUGACUCAUCUCGGCACCAACUUUUGACAAACAACAUCAAAACAAAUC